AACACUCAAUCCCAUCUGGAUCAGAAGGCUCAUAAAUACCCACGACCUCUCCAACAACAGCAGUCUCCAUUGACUUCUCUCACCAACGCACUGUCGUCUCAACACCUUCCCAUCGUUGUUGAUAACGUCUUAUACAACCGUCGUCGCCGUAACAGCAACCCUUCAGCAACACCACGACCAGAGCAGACUCGACUCUUUCCCAACAGGACUCGUCUGCCUCCUGUAGUUAUCCAGGAGAACCCUCCUGUCCCGCGCAACCAGCGCCCAGAACCCUCCAACACCGACACAAUGUGCACCACCAACAUCUACACCUACGUCUACCCUGACGGCCGGACAGAGCAGUACUCGCAGCCCACGCUCUGCGCCAACUCCCGUCACGGUCAGGUCUGCGCCAGCAACUACGUUUUCCAGCACCCCAGCCAGCUCGUCAACUACGCCGAGACAACAUAUCCCACCAUGACCCAGCUGCCUCCCACUCCUCAGUACAGCCCUGUGCCCUCAACACCAUCCUACCGCUCUGGUGACGAGUCAGACCGAUCAUACGGCAGCUCGUCCAGCAAGAAGAAGCGGGCAUCUGGCCUCUACAUUGACGGCCACAAGGUCCUCGACUUCCACCACAAGAAGGAGCGUCGACCUAGCUCACGGCACGCUGAUCGCAUCGUCCUGGUCGACAACCCGCCAACUUCUCGCACACCACCUCAGACCUGGACUGCUCCUCACACUGCUCCCGCCUCUCCCAACCCCAACACCUACGUUAUCGAGACCCGCGAUGCUUCUCACCGACGGCCAGUGAUUGUUGACGACCGGGCCAAGCCUGAGCGUCACAUCAUUGAGGUUGUCGACAACCACCGAUCUUCCAAGCACGUUCGACAUGCCUCCUCCAGCUCCCGUGACAGCCGGCACUCCGACAGCGAGGAGGCCCGCAAGAUCCGACGUGAGCAGAAGCGAGAGGAGAAGCGACGAGAGGAGGCUGCCCAGCGACUUGCCAUCCGCAUCGCCGAGGCCAAUGCCGAGAUCGCUGGCCGCCCUGCAGUUCCCGCUCCCCCUCGCCCUCGCCGUGCCUCUACUUACAAGCGACCCUCAGUCGAGGUCCUGGACCGCGAGGCUGAGCUCGUCGAGGCCGUGCGACGACUGAACUUUGAGGAGGAGCGCCGAGAGGAGAAGGCCCGCAAACUGGCCAAGAAGGAGGAGAAGAAGGAGGAGGAGGCCCAGCGAAAGCGUCUGAUGGAGCGCAUGCAGCCCAAGCGACGGUCCACAGUCGGCCCCGGCAGCCGGCGGCAGCGAGUACUCUACGACGACGGCGUGUACCGCUGGGAGUAA